AACCGUUAUAAACCUCCGGCUUUCCAUCUAUAAACCACCUAUAUCUACACUACAAUGGACUUCUUCAAGAAAAACGACAAUACCCAAUCGCAACAACUAUCUGGUGCACCUCAGGAACAGUCGAAAGGCCAGGGUGGGGGAUUCUUGAGUAACAUGAUGCACGGUGCUUCUGGUGCACCUCAGGACCAAGUGUCGGGUCAUGGGGGUGUUGCUCCUGCUAGUAGUGGUACUGGAGGAGGAGGCCUCAUGGGCAAGUUCAAUAAUGCGUUGGGAGGCGGUGCUUCUGGGGAAAAGAAAGAGGACGGUUUGGAUAAAGCCGUCGACUAUGUCCAAGAGCACGUCUUUAAACAAGGCCCCCAGACCAAUGAAUCGGCCGCAGAACAGAUGAAAGACGAGACUAUUUCGGAUUCCAUUAGGAAUCAGUACAAGAACAUGACGGGGAAGGAUUUCCCUAUAGCUGACAAGUAAAAGCGAGGAAGAAAGAUGAGAAGAAACCCAAUUUGUUGCGAGCGAAGCGAGCAAUCCUUAUCAACGGGCGAGGGGCCCGGUCAACUUUUGUUUGUGAUUAUUUGUCGUUUCCGUUUCAAUGUCGCGCGACCUGCUUGCUCGUCGCCUUUGGCGAUGGGCAGCCCUUUCGUACUCUAUUCUACCUUUUCCAAACCUCGAAAAUCAACAGAGAAGACAUAUUACUACCCAUGUAUCAACAUUAAGAUCAGAGAAAUGUAGACAAGCGGUUGGAGGCACAACAU